CCCGGCCCCGCCCGAGCUCGCCCGGACCCCGCCGCCCACCGCCCUCGCGCCCACCUGAGCCCGCGACCGGCGCCAUGGCGGAGCAGGAGAGCCUGGAGUUCGGCAAGGCGGACUUCGUGCUGAUGGACACCGUCUCCAUGCCCGAGUUCAUGGCCAACCUCAGGCUCAGAUUUGAAAAAGGGCGCAUCUACACAUUCAUUGGAGAAGUCGUCGUUUCUGUGAAUCCUUAUAAGUCAUUGAACAUCUAUGGGAGAGACACAAUUGAACAGUAUAAAGGACGUGAGCUAUAUGAGAGACCUCCUCAUCUUUUUGCUAUUGCUGAUGCUGCUUACAAGGCUAUGAAGAGGCGAUCAAAAGACACUUGUAUUGUGAUAUCAGGGGAAAGUGGAGCUGGUAAAACAGAAGCCAGUAAAUACAUUAUGCAGUAUAUUGCGGCCAUCACCAACCCCAGCCAGAGAGCGGAGGUUGAAAGAGUGAAGAAUAUGUUGCUUAAGUCCAACUGUGUGCUGGAAGCUUUUGGAAAUGCCAAAACCAACCGUAAUGACAACUCAAGCAGGUUUGGAAAAUACAUGGAUAUCAACUUUGAUUUCAAGGGGGAUCCUAUUGGUGGACAUAUCAAUAACUACUUAUUAGAGAAGUCUCGAGUAAUUGUGCAACAACCAGGAGAAAGAAGCUUUCAUUCUUUCUAUCAGCUACUCCAAGGAGGUUCAGAGCAGAUGCUACGUUCUCUACAUCUCCAGAAAUCCCUUUCAUCCUACAACUAUAUCCAUGUAGGAGCUCCAUUAAAGUCGUCUAUCAAUGAUGCUGCAGAAUUCAAAGUAGUAGCUGAUGCCAUGAAAGUAAUCGGUUUCAAACCUGAGGAGAUUCAAACAGUGUAUAAAAUUCUGGCUGCUAUUCUUCACUUGGGAAAUAUAAAAUUUAUAGUAGAUGGUGACACGCCUCUUAUUGAGAACGACAAGGUCGUAUCCAUCCUAGCAGAGUUGCUUUCUACCAAGACAGACAUGGUUGAGAAAGCCCUGCUUUACCGCACUGUGGCCACAGGCCGUGACAUCAUCGACAAGCAGCACACGGAACAAGAAGCCAGCUACGGCAGAGACGCCUUUGCCAAGGCAAUAUAUGAGCGUCUUUUUUGUUGGAUCGUUACUCGCAUCAAUGAUAUUAUCGAGGUCAAGAACUAUGACACCACAAUCCAUGGGAAAAACACUGUUAUUGGUGUCUUGGAUAUUUAUGGCUUUGAAAUCUUUGACAACAACAGCUUUGAACAAUUCUGCAUCAAUUACUGCAAUGAGAAACUGCAGCAGCUCUUUAUUCAGCUGGUUUUAAAGCAAGAACAAGAGGAAUACCAGCGGGAGGGCAUCCCUUGGAAGCAUAUCGAUUACUUCAACAAUCAGAUUAUCGUGGACCUUGUGGAGCAGCAGCAUAAAGGGAUUAUCGCCAUCCUGGAUGAUGCCUGCAUGAACGUCGGCAAAGUCACCGACGAGAUGUUCCUCGAAGCACUGAACAGUAAACUGGGCAAACAUGGUCAUUUUUCCAGCCGAAAGCUCUGCGCCUCAGACAAAAUUCUGGAGUUCGAUAGAGACUUCCGGAUUCGACAUUAUGCAGGUGAUGUCAUCUAUUCUGUCAUCGGUUUUAUUGACAAAAAUAAAGACACUUUAUUUCAAGAUUUCAAGCGCCUCAUGUAUAACAGUUCAAAUCCUGUGCUGAAGAACAUGUGGCCUGAGGGUAAACUGAGUAUCACGGAGGUGACUAAGCGACCUCUAACUGCUGCCACCCUGUUUAAGAACUCUAUGAUUGCUCUAGUAGACAAUCUGGCAUCAAAGGAACCAUAUUAUGUACGUUGCAUCAAACCCAAUGACAAGAAAUCCCCGCAGAUAUUUGAUGAUGAACGCUGUCGGCAUCAAGUGGAGUAUCUUGGAUUACUUGAAAAUGUGAGAGUACGUCGGGCAGGAUUUGCCUUCCGUCAGACUUAUGAGAAGUUUCUUCACAGGUAUAAGAUGAUCUCUGAAUUUACUUGGCCCAACCACGACCUUCCUUCAGACAAAGAGGCUGUUAAGAAGCUGAUUGAACAGUGUGGUUUUCAAGAUGAUGUAGCUUAUGGGAAGACCAAAAUUUUCAUUCGAACACCCCGAACAUUGUUUACCUUGGAAGAACUCCGUGCCCAGAUGCUUGUAAGGAUUGUCCUCUUCCUGCAAAAGGUGUGGCGGGGCACCCUGGCCCGCAGGCGGUACAAGAGGACCAAAGCAGCUCUGACCAUAAUCAGGUACUAUCGACGCUACAAAGUGAAGUCGUACAUCCACGAGGUGGCCAGGCGCUUCCAUGGCGUCAAGACCAUGAGAGACUAUGGGAAGCAUGUAAAGUGGCCAACUCCUCCUAAAGUUCUUCGUCGCUUCGAGGAUGCCCUACAGGCGAUUUUUAAUAGAUGGAGAGCAUCUCUGCUCAUCAAGAGCCUUCCUGCUUCAGACCUGCCCCAGGUCAGGGCAAAGGUUGCAGCCAUGGAAAUGUUGAAGGGCCAAAGGGCUGACCUUGGGCUCCAGAGAGCCUGGGAGGGCAACUAUCUUGCUUCGAAGCCAGAUACACCUCAGACCUCAGGCACUUUUGUCCCCGUUGCUAAUGAACUAAAACGGAAAGACAAGUACAUGAAUGUCCUCUUUUCCUGUCAUGUCCGUAAGGUGAAUAGAUUUAGUAAGGUGGAAGACCGAGCAAUUUUUGUCACUGAUCGUCACCUAUAUAAAAUGGAUCCCACUAAACAAUAUAAGGUGAUGAAGACCAUCCCUCUCUACAAUUUGACUGGUCUGAGUGUCUCCAAUGGGAAGGACCAACUUGUAGUGUUCCAUACAAAAGACAACAAAGACCUCAUUGUUUGCCUCUUCAGUAAACAGCCAACCUACGAGAGUCGAAUUGGAGAACUUGUUGGAGUCCUGGUGAAUCAUUUCAAGAGGUAA